AGCAUAAGCAAAUCGGACGUUUUCGAUAACAUGGUAGACAAAGCACAAACUCGAUAAAAGUGUAUUGGAGAUUGUGAUUGUUACUUAGAUUUUGGACAGUGAACGAUUAACCAGGAGUGACCAAAGAUUAUAGAUUCUUUCUAACUUUGCCAAAUGGAAGGUAUACAGGCUCCCCGUGCUUUCCCACAUAGCAUUGGAACAUUUUAUGACACGGUUGCCAAUGGUCAUAACAAUGGUUAUAACCUUUCUCACGAUGGUAGUUAUGUUGGUUUAAUGAGCAGAUUUUCUUACCACAGCAGCACAAACUGUUUGAGAGGCUACCCAAGUCCAGCGGGCAGUGCCAGCGGAGGAGGAGUGGGCGUCGUCGACUCGGAGUCUAUUUCGGCGGGAUGCUGCUCGUCGACAGCGGCAGUAACGCCGGCGAACUGUCCCAACAGUGGUGGGCAUUCAUGGACCUCACCUCCCCCUAAUCAUGGUGAUAAGCCUGCAGGACAUUUUCCUUUCUUUUACCAAGAAGUUUUCACGCCGGGUGUUCACCACAGUCCACCGACAUCAUUAGGUCACCAUGUCCUGGCUGCUCAAGGAAAACACGGGUAUUCGAGCGGGUCUGGUAACCCUCAUCCCGCCUGCGGGAACGGCGAUGAAGACCCGGCAAGACCAGAUAGCGACUCAGAUCAGAGUGUGGGUCACCAGACUGUAUCCGCCAGCUACACCUGGAUGGCGCCACCACCCAACGUCCGAACACGUAAGAAACGAAAACCAUAUACAAAGUUCCAGACCUUCGAGUUGGAGAAGGAGUUUCUCUACAACAUGUACCUCACACGGGACCGGCGUUCCCACAUCUCAAGAGCACUGAGCCUCACCGAGAGACAGGUCAAGAUUUGGUUUCAGAACAGGAGGAUGAAACUGAAGAAGAUGCGGGCAAGGGAGGAUAACGAGAGGAAACAUCAGACGCACCACCCCUCCGGACAGCAUCAUCACCACCACCACCAUCUAGAGUCGAAAGGCGGGGACCAUUGCACGAUCGCAGGCGCCACCGAGCUGAUACACAAACCCAACGCUAUCCACCAUGCCUAUGUGGGCGGUGGCGGCGGUGGCGGUGGAGGCACACACGAAUCGAACCCGUUGAUCGAAUUACAGCAGCACAGUGCUUUACAACAUCAUGUCAUUACAGCUAUCUAA